AUGUCAUUGAACACUUCUACUGCAGGAAAAGGUGUGGAUCCAAAUGCGGUUGACACUUACGACAGUGGCGAUGAUUGGGAAAUUGGUGUUGGGAAUUUAAUAAUCGAUUUGGAUGCCGAUUUGGAGAAGGACAGACAGAAAUUUGAGAUGAAUAAUUCUACUAAUACCACCAGCAGCAGCAACACCAGCUCCAAGGAUUGUGGGGGUCUGACUUCCAGUGGGUCAAAUGCUACCUCAGCCUUAGCUGAUGGCCUAAAAUUUGCUUCUGUUCAGCCCUCAGCUCCCCAGGGGAAUUCCUCUCACAAAGAGACUAGCAAAUCAAAAGUGAAAAGGAGUAAAACUUCUAAGGAUGCUAAUAAAUCUCUGCCUUCUGCUGCCUUGUAUGGGAUUCCUGAGAUCAGCAGUGCUGGCAAGAGGCAGGAAGUCCAAGGGCGCCCUGGAGAGGCAACUGGCAUGAAUUCAGCACUGGGUCAAAGCAUGAGCAGUAACCCAAACGGCAAUAAUAACACCAGCAACACCACCACCAUUGCCUCUUGUGGGAAAAACAAAGAGGAGAAACCAGGUAAAGCCCCGGGCAGCAGAGGCUCCAAGAGGGAUAAGGAUGCGGGAAAAUCCAGGAAGGACAAGCAGCAUGACCUGCAGCAGGGCCACCCCAACGGCAGUGGGGGUGGCAGCAGCCAGGCUUCCCCUGGGCACCUCUAUGGCUUCGGGGCCAAGGGAGGUGGUGGUGGAAGCAGCAGCCCCUUCCAAUGCACCUCCUCUGCCAUGGGGGAGGUGAGCAAAAAUACCCCGGAUUCAGGGCUAAUGGGGAACUCUAUUUUGGUAAAGAAGGAAGAGGAGGAGGAGGAGAGCCACAGGCGAAUCAAGAAACUGAAAACAGAAAAGAUAAAUUGCCCUAAUCCGGCCUUCACAAUGGCUGUGGUUAAAGAGUCAGAGCUAUUUGAUUGGAUUCAGUGGCUGCCUGGAAUGUGGGAGGUUGAUACCCUGUUUACAGUACCUGCACCUCCACCUCCGAUUUCCAGCAGUAUCACACCUCAGAUUCUGCCUUCCUACUUUUCUCCAUCUUCAUCCAAUAUUGCAGCACCAGUCGAGCAGCUUUUGGUACGGACUCGUUCAGUGGGUGUAAAUACUUGUGAGGUUGGAGUAGUGACAGAACCUGAAUGCCUUGGACCCUGUGAGCCCGGGACCAGUGUGAACCUGGAAGGAAUUGUGUGGCAUGAAACUGAAGAAG